GCCUCACAAGACUCGCAAAAAAUUUACAGUUUUGUGAGGUUUAUGAUUGUGAAAAAAUUUAUGUGCUAGUCGUUAAUUUAGAUUGUAGUGUCUUCUCAUCAUUGGCGAUGUCAACAUGGCAAAACGUGUAUGAAACUUAUUUUUCCGCGGGGAUACCCUAACAAUCUUCAACCAGUUUUCGCUCUUCAUCCAUUUCAAUCAAGUGUUCUGAAAGCGUGUCAGCGCAAUGUCAAACCAGCAAGUAGGAGCAGUGGCGCUCAUAGCACUCGCCUCGUGGGCGUUAUCAAAGCUAGGAUACUCCUUGAUAGCAGCUCCCAGGGAGUCAAAACUUACCCUCUAUGUCCAUGAGAUUCGAGCACCUCCCGAUGCCACUCUUCUAGCAGCUGCAGGGACAGGACAGGACGACCUCACCAGGAUUGGCUUCGGGAGCUUCCUUGUUUUCGACAACGAAAUCAGGGAGAGUCCUGAAGCCAACAGCGUCUUGCUCGGCCGGCAGAGAGGGUUCGGUCCCAUCAGUGAUCUAGAAGGCAAGCGAGGCAUUCAGCUCAUAUCCACUGUUGUGUUUGGGAGGGGAUCGAGCUAUAAUGGGACUCUCACCUUUCAAGGCAACAUGGGUGGCCCUGAACCCACUUCUGAGCUUGCAGUUAUAGCUGGAACAGGAGAUUUUCGAGGAGCCAAAGGGUAUGCCAUUGUCGAAACCGUGAAGACUGGUCCACUGAGAGCAGUGUUUCGGUGGAACCUGUUUCUGUCUUAUUAAGGUCCAAGUUAUGGGGUUUUUUGUAACUGUUGUGAACGUUUCAGUUGUAUCUCAUUUGUAUCAUUUGUAUCAUUUGUAUCAAUGAAAGCUUCUUGGUCGAUAUCCACUGCUUUCAA